UUAAAAGUGUUCACCAUGAGAAGUGCACUUUUCGUCUUGACGCUUUGCGUUGUGGCUUUUGCCACCGCAACAGCGGACACGCAUGAGCGUAAGGUUCGUGCGGCUGACGGGUACCACUACCCACCCCCAGACGUUCCGUUUGAGUUGCCAACGCGCCCCACUCUACCACCGCCCACCAGACCACCAACUCGUGUCCCAGUGACUUAUUUGCCUCCAACAAAUAAGCCGCAACCACCAGUUACCACACGAAGACCAACUCCACCACCGACAUAUUUGCCACCUACCAACAAGCCACUGCCACCAGUGACCACGCGUAGACCCACUCCACCACCGACUCGUCCACCACCACCACGUACCACUCCGGCUCCAACAUACUUGCCACCUACCAACAAGCCACUGCCACCAGUGACCACGCGUAGACCCACUCCACCACCAACUCGUCCACCACCACCACGUACCACUCCGGCUCCAACAUACUUGCCACCUACCAACAAGCCACUGCCUCCAGUGACUACGCGUAGACCCACUCCACCACCGACUCGUCCACCACCACCACGUACCACUCCGGCUCCAACAUACUUGCCACCUACCAACAAGCCACUGCCUCCAGUGACCACGCGUAGGCCCGCACCACCAACGACGAGGGCAACUCGUCCACCACCACCACGUACCACUCCGGCUCCAACAUACUUGCCACCUACCAAUAAGCCACUGCCACCAGUGACCACGCGUAGACCCACUCCACCACCGACUCGUCCUCCGACUCGUCCACCAACACUACGUACCACUCCGGCUCCAACAUACUUGCCACCUACCAACAAGCCACUGCCACCAGUGACCACCCGUAGACCCACUCCACCACCGACUCGUCCACCGACUCGUCCACCACCACCGCGUACCACUCCGGGUCCAACAUACUUGCCACCUACCAACAAGCCACAGCCACCAGUGACCACGCGUAGACCCACUCCACCACCGACUCGUCCACCGACUCGUCCUCCGACUCGUCCACCAACACUACGUACCACUCCGGCUCCAACAUACUUGCCACCUACCAACAAGCCACUGCCACCAGUGACCACGCGUAGACCCACUCCACCACCGACUCGUCCACCGACUCGUCCUCCGACUCGUCCACCAACACUACGUACCACUCCGGCUCCAACAUACUUGCCACCUACCAACAAGCCACUGCCACCAGUGACCACGCGUAGACCCACUCCACCACCGACUCGUCCACCGACUCGUCCACCGACACGUCCACCAACACCACGCACCACUCCGGGACCAACAUACUUGCCACCUACCAACAAGCCACAGCCACCAGUGACCACGCGUAGACCCACUCCACCACCGACUCGUCCACCGACUCGUCCUCCGACUCGUCCACCAACACUACGUACCACCCCGGCUCCAACAUACUUGCCACCUACCAACAAGCCACUGCCACCAGUGACCACCCGUAGACCCACUCCACCACCGACUCGUCCACCGACUCGUCCUCCGACUCGUCCACCAACACUACGUACCACCCCGGCUCCAACAUACUUGCCACCUACCAACAAGCCACUGCCACCAGUGACCACCCGUAGACCCACUCCACCACCGACUCGUCCACCGACUCGUCCUCCGACUCGUGCACCACCACCACGUCCCACUCCAGGUCCAACAUACUUGCCACCUACCAACAAACCACAGCCACCAGUGACCACGCGUAAACCCACUCCACCACCGACUCGUCCACCGACUCGUCCACCGACUCGUCCACCAACACUACGUACCACUCCGGCUCCAACAUACUUGCCACCUACCAACAAGCCACUGCCUCCAGUGACCACGCGUAGACCCACUCCACCACCGACUCGUCCACCGACUCGUCCUCCGACUCGUCCACCACCACCACGUCCCACUCCAGGUCCAACAUACUUGCCACCUACCAACAAACCACAGCCACCAGUGACCACGCGUAGACCCACUCCACCACCGACUCGUCCACCGACUCGUCCACCAACACUACGUACCACUCCGGCUCCAACAUACUUGCCACCUACCAACAAGCCACUGCCUCCAGUGACCACGCGUAGACCCACUCCACCACCGACUCGUCCACCGACUCGUCCACCAACACUACGUACCACUCCGGCUCCAACAUACUUGCCACCUACCAACAAGCCACUGCCUCCAGUGACCACCCGUAGACCCACUCCACCACCGACUCGUCCACCGACUCGUCCUCCGACUCGUCCACCAACACCACGUACCACUCCAGCUCCCACGUAUUUGCCACCAACAAAUAAGCCACAGCCUCCAGUUGUGAUCACUACACGUAGACCACCUCCACCACCAACGACUCGUCGCCCAACUCCACCACCAACCCGUAGAACCACCCAGUACGUCCCACCUCCGACGAGGGCUAGCGUGAGACCUGUUGUAACGACCAAGCACUCGGGAUACCAGUACCCCGUUCCGAACAUUCCUUUCGACUUUUAAGCACCCGUUUUACUAGCUCAGUUAUAGACCGUCGAUGAUUUCAACGACGGUUAUUGGGUGACAUUUGAUUUCAUUUGAAUUGAAAUUAUAUUGUCUUAAGAAGAUAUGCUUAAUAACUGAUGCUCAAUAUCUAGCAAUGCAAUGCCAACAAUAUUUCUACGGCUAGAUACAUCUAGUCAAUACAGUCGAAAAGAUUUUUUCACCGUUUCAAGAGGGUGCUCGAAAUCGCGAAAACACUCUCACAUCGGCAAGAAAGUAACUUGUUUGUUUUUAUAACUUAAUGUAUCGAAAACUUAUACAACUAGGGAUCACUGUAUAUGUAUCUACUUUUGUAAACCUUAAAUGCUAUGCCCACUCUUGCUAUGCUUUAUGUGAACCGACAAUGUGUGUUUUUUGUCUCCUCAGCACUUUGUGUCUCGGCACUAAAAAAAUAAAUAUCUUUUAUAAACAUUUCUAAAUCCCGAACAAUAAAUUAAGUUUA